AUGCAAAUCACUGAUUUUCAGUGUCUUUCCACAGUCUCACCACCCAAGGACCUAACAGUGGUGGAGGUCACUCCAGAGACAGUGGACCUGUCCUGGGAGAAUGAGAUGCGUGUGAACGAGUACUUGAUCACAUACGUACCCACUGCCUCUGGAGGUCUGGAGCUGGACAUGCAUGUGCCUGGAGACCAGAAGACGGCCACUAUUCGGGAGCUUGAGCCUGGCGUAGAGUACCUGAUCAGCGUCUAUGCUGUGCUCAGCAACAAGAGGAGUGUUCCUGUCAGUGCUAGGGUGGCUACACAUCUGCCUGAGCCUGAGGGACUCAAGUUUAAGUCUGUGCGGGAGACAUCAGUGGAGGUACAGUGGGACCCAUUGGACAUUCCCUUCGAUGGCUGGAACCUCAUCUUCAGAAACACAAAAGAGGAGGAUGGCGAGAUUCUUAACUCCCUCGGCCGUCCAGAGACCACCUUUGAGCAGUCAGGCUUGGGCCCUGGCCAGGAGUAUGAGGUCAAACUGGAGGUGGUGAAAAACAACAAGCGUGGACCGCAUGCCUCUAAGAACGUUGUCACAAUGAUCGACGGCCCCAGGCCAGGUGGACGUGCGCGAACGUGACUGACACCACAGCACUGCGUGACCUGUUUCCAGCCUGUGGCUGAGGUGG